UGUUUUGGCAACGUACCCAUACGGCCUUCAUGUUCUAAAAUCGAAGCUAGAGGGAGUCUGUGGAAGGCGAAUCCUCUCCGUUCUGCCGCCGCCAUUAGAUUUGGGGUUUCACAGCUUAAAAAGGUUAAUGGGUCCUAAACAAUGCCAAGUCUGCAAUGAAGCAAAAUCAAAGUACAAGUGCCCUUCAUGUCUUGCUCCUUACUGCUCUCUGGGUUGCUUCAAGAAACACAAAGAAACCCCUUGUGCUAAACCAGUAUCUGCAGAGGAAAAAUCAACUGCUGAUCCAGAGCUAACUGUAGAAAGGUCAUUAAAAGUUGAUGAUGCAAGUGAGGUGCUGCUAAAGCCACAACUAGAAUCAAUAGCUUCUUCCAGUGAAAUUCGCAAUGCUUUGAAGGAUGACAAUCUUCGGAAACUUAUACACAGUAUUGAUUGUGCGCCAGAUCCAGCAAGUGAACUUGACAAAGCUAUGGGAGUGGAGGAAUUUCGCAUCUUCACAGAGAAGAUUUUAUCUGCUAUAGGUCAAUAACUUCAAGCAGUCGUAGACAGAAGGAGAUUGUGCCGGUUUCAUUUUUAUUGUAACAAGUGUAUGUAGACUUUGUGCCAUCUACUUCAACUUCAAUGUGACGUUCAAUUUUUGGAGUGAGAACUCUUUAGGCGAGUCUUUUAUCUAAAAUCUAUAAUUUCAGUUGUUCAUAGCAAGUUGAAUUAAUGUAACGUGGAAGAAAUGGUGCAGCUUUCUCUCAUUUUCUUGUCCAAAAUAAUUUCGUCUUUGGGUUAUGCUCAUGAUGAAUUGCCUUGUAUGCAAACCACAACAUAAAGAAGAGAUUUCUUCCUGAUUC